AUGGAGAUUCCCUUCAUCUUGAUGAUGAUGGAGCUCUGCAGUAGCGAGGUUAAAUGGGUCCAAAUCAAUGAAGUGGAUGAUGGAGUGGCUGUGGUGGAAUUCACAUCCGAUGGCCUGUUAAGGUUCCUGGGCCCCAGACAUGGCCGAGUGAAGGCCUUUGCACUUCAGGCCUCACAGGGAAACUACUCCAUCCGCAUUGAUGAUCUACGACCCACUGAUCUGGGCGUUUACAUAUGCCAUUUCAGGGAUACGUUUUUGAAAGUAGAGUUGUUUGAAGAUAAAGGUGCUGGAAGUGACUACAUAAGGCUGUCGUUGUACAUCUGUUUCGGUGUGGUUCUAAUCUGUAUUUUGGCAUCCUACCGCUUCCUUAAACGCACAGGGUGCACCAAUAACAGAACACAGGAUGCAAACCCUCCUGUCGGAGCCGGUGGCGGACAAAUGCAGUCACCCUAA